UUCGGCCAGCGCGGUGUGUGUUGACAAGCCGCCGCCACGCGCGGACGCUGGCCUCCUAGGCUUGUGUUAUCAUUUAGUGCUGUUAUUUCUUCCACCACAACCAUGAAGUCAAAGACGAGGAUAGUGCAGAUAUCCAAUAUUGCACCUCAAGCCACCAAGGACCAGAUGUCGACACUGUUUGGCUUCAUCGGCAAGAUUGAGGACAUUCGACUGUACCCAACCAUUCGCGAUGUUGCCAUACCAGUCCAGUCUCGUAUUUGUUUUCUCAAGUUCCAUGACCGGGACUCAGUGUCUGUGGCGCAGCACCUCACCAACACUGUCUUCAUCGACCGGGCCCUCAUCAUCAUCCCCUUCACCCUGGGAGACAUGCCUGACGAGCAGCGUGCCAUGGAGAUCCUGGGCACCGGGGGAACCAUUCCAGGCAUUGGGCCGGAGACCAAAUGGCCGCCUCACCUCACUAACCAGAUUGAGGGCAUUGUAUUGAGGACGAUUGACCCUCACCUGGCAGAGAAUGACCUGCCAGAUUACCCUCCACUGCCAGCCACCACAGAGUCCCACAAGAUCAAUGACAUCCGGCGCACCAUCGUCUUUGAUAACUUGGAUCCAAGUAUCACCACAGACCAGCUACUGGAGUUGGCGUCAAAGGCUGGGGAGGUGCGAUAUGCACGUCUUGGUGUGGAGAAUAAUGGGUCUAGAAAUGCCUUGGUGGAGUACUCGGAGCAGCCUUCCAUCAUCCCUGCCCUCAAGUUGCACCACCUGGAGCACAUGGGCAGACAGAUCAAGGUAAACCACUCCUCCGUGGCCAUUGUGAAGCCGCAGACCAAGAGCAAUGAGGCAGCCCAGCGGGAGAUCGAGGAGGCCAUGAGGAGAGUGAAGGAGGCACAGAACUUCAUUGCCUCUGCCAUAGAUCCUGUCAUGUCAUUCCUAGAUUCUUCAACCAAAGAGAAGAGGUCCCGCUCCAGAUCAAGAUCACGCUCUAGGUCUCGCCGCCGCACUAGGUCACGUUCACGGCGCUCAAAGUCUCACCGGCGGACACGUUCUCGUUCACCACGCCACCGGUCACGCUCCAGGUCCAGGUCUAGGGAGCGGCGGCGUUCUCGCAGCCACUCACGCAGGAAGAGGUCAUCUUCACGGUCACGUAGGAGGUCCAGGUCCAGGUCCCGAUCAAGAAGAAAGUCACGUUCCAAGUCUCGGUCAAAGCGUUCCCGUUCCAAGUCCAAGAGCAAAUCCACUUCUUCUCGCAAGGACAAGAGUAGUAGCAGUAAAAACAAGGACAAGGACAGAGAUAAGGACCGAGACAGAGACAAAACUAAGGAUAAGGACAAAGAAAAGGAUAAAGACAAGGAUAAGGAUAAAGAGAAGGACAAGGAGAAGAAGGAAGAUAGGAAAUCUGAUGUGGUAAAGAUGGAAGUUAUAGAAGGGGAUGAAAAUAAAGAAAUUAGAGAGGAAAUAAUGAAGAUUGAGGACAUCAAAGAAGAAAAAGAAGACAAAGAUUUGGAGCAGGAUAAGGAAGCAGAAAAUAUCAAAGACGAGGAGAAGGACAAGGAAGUGGAGAAAGAAAAGGAGAAAUUAAAAGACAAAGAUAAGGAAAAGACUAGAGAAAAAGAGAAAGAUAAGGACAGAGAUAAGGAUAGAAAAGAAAAGGAUAAGGAUAGAGACAAAGAUAAGGACAAAGAUCGGGAGAAGGACAGAGAUCGGAAGAAGGAAUCAAGUAGCAAGUCCCGACGCUCCAAGUCUCGCAGUCGUUCAAGGGAACGCAAGAGUCGCCGCAGCAGGUCUAGGUCUCGUUCCAAGAGGUCCAGGUCACGAUCACGUUCCAAGAGUCGCACCCGCUCCAAGAGGUCACACAAGUCAAGAUCCAGGUCACGGUCGCGGCGCAGGUCACGCAGCAGAUCACCACGCUCUCGCCGUGACAGAUCCAGAGACCGCCGUGGCCGCUCUCAUGACCGCUCCAAGAGGAGGUCAAGGUCAUCUUCCAGGUCCAAGUCAGGGAAGACGAAAGAUAAGGAUUCCAGCAAAAAGAAAGACUCUCACCGGGAUCGCAGCCGAAGCAAGGAUGGCAAGGAUCGGGACAAGGACAAGCAGAAAGACAAGGAGCGUGACAGAGACAAAGAAAAGAAAGACAAGAAGAAGGACAAAAAAGAGAAAGAAGAAAAGAAAAAAGAAUCAAAGGUACAGAAAAUUGUGUCCCGGGACUAUGACGAAGAGGAGCAGCUGGGAUACGACGGAGAAGAAGAAAAGGGGAAAAGGAGGGACAAGGAGGAGGAGGACAGCAAGGACAAGGGAGAAACAGUUGACAUGGACAUCUCGGACUCUCCAUAGCUACCUUCAAGGCUGCUAACCAUUCUGAAGAAGCCUGUUUUCAUUCCCAAGAACUCAACAUAAUCCUUGUUCAGUCUGUACAUUUCUUGAUUUCAGCUCAACGUAAUGAGACUAUGAGUGAUUUGUUUACCUAAAGGUGUGUGUGUUGUGGUGUGAGGUUUUUGUUACUGCUGGGUAUAUUGUAUCCAAAUGUAUUCAGGUAUGUGUAUGAUUGAUAAUUGGCAAGGGUAAGUAAUAAAUUACAACAUUAAUAAAAUUUUGUUUCUUUGCAUUUGCAUUUUCAGUUGAAGAAAAUGAAUUAUGUUAUUUUUUAUUCUUCAUUGAAACUAUAGUAUGAUUAUUUUUUCCUUAGCAUUGUAUUGCCUUAUGUAAUAGGAUGCUCACAUACUAUUGAAGUGAAAUUUGCUGAUUUGGUUUUUCUUUUUGUUAUAUUCACAACUUAUAAUGACUGACUUUAGUAGAUAUUUUUUUGUUGUCUUGUGUACAGGUAUUCACACAUUUACCUGUCUGUCUGUCUGCUGCAAUAGAAUGUUUGUGUUGAAGUGUGUUGUACAUAUGUGUUAUGAAUUCUUUAUGAAAAGAGACAGAUAAGUGACCUUGGGUAUGGGUAUAAGUAUCACAAAUUUGUUGCUCUCAGAAUUAGCUUUUAGUGUUCAUAAUACGUGUCACUUAAAUUAACAUAGACUCUUUGAAAAGGUUUAUGAUGAGAGUAUUACAGGAUGCAUUGACAACUCAUAUGUGUCCAUGCUGGGUAAGAUGUUUCUAUUAUGUUAUGUGUUGAUGUCUUCUCAUGAUUGUCUUUUCUAUAGGGGAUCUUGCCUAGUAUACUGAUAGAUAAAUAGAAAAAAAUUGAUAAGAUAAUUGUUUUUCUUGAAGUUUUGGUUAUAUACACUUGUGUAGCUUAACAAUAAUAUCUGUAUCAUACCUUUAGGAAACAGAGAAAUAGAGGAGUCAUAACAUCAUGCUCUUGAAUAACUAACAAGCAAAAGAAAGGAAAGACAACCACUCAGUAUGGUGUGAAGAUGCCCCUUGGCAAGUGGAGCUAGGGAUCUCCCAAUUUCAUGUCAGUACUAAACUAUACUCUUAAAUAAAUGAAUAUACAGUA